CUGUGUUAAAUAUUUUAAAAAUGGCUGGGGUUGCCUCUAAAAUAAAAUCUGAGUUUCCUAAUACCAAACCAGCAAAGAGAAUCAAAGUUUCAGAUGACUUGAUUGUAAAUAAAAGAACUGUUGGUACUAUGUGUGGUGCAUGGAGGCCAGAGGAAGAAGAUGGGGGCUUCAUUCUGGUAUUUAAAACCAGGGAGCCCUGCCUGAGCCCAGACCCGGAGAAGGAGAGCGACCGUCCUGAGAAUGCUGCGGAUUUCUGGGUGGCAUCUCCUUCAGACAUCGAUGAUAUACAGAUUGAGACAACCGACGUCGUUGCGAUCUCGACUGAACAGCAUUCUCAAGAUUAUACCACCCCACUUAGUCCUCGUCUAGCCGAAGUACAGCGUCAGACACCAGCAGUUGCUGCACAAUGGAUUUUAGAAGAAAAUAUUUUAAGCAGUAUCGUUUUAGAUUUAAGCGUGGUAUAAAUUUUAUAGUAUUAUUAUUUAAUAUUCCUACGUACGAUGACGUAUAGUCGCCUUAUAAGAAAUAGUGUCGAUUAACACGCUUAGGUAACGAAUUGUUUUUUUUAAUAUUAUUAUAAAUAGACGCAUGUUUGGCGUACAUGUUUGACGACAAUGUUACUGACGCUGUGUUUAGGUCAUUUGCAUGCUUAAUA